AUGCCUCAAUCGCCACGUCUAAAUCCGAUUGAAUCAAAGCCUGAGCAAGAGGGCGGGAACGCUGGAUCGGAAGGUCGUGUUGGAUUCAGAGGCCUUUUUGAAAAUAAAUUCAUACUUGGUAUAUCGUUGUUCUCGACUCUUGGAGGAUUCCUCUUUGGCUACGAUCAGGGAGUCGUGAGCAACGUGCUCGCCAUUGAGUCUUUUGGAGCGAAGUUCCCGGCGAUUUACAUGAAUGCAACACUGAAGGGAUGGUUUGUCUCCACGCUUUUACUCGCUGCCUGGUUCGGAGCUAUUGUGAAUGGCCCCGUCUGUGACAAAAUCGGGAGAAAGGUAGACAUAAUAUGCAAUGUUGUGAUCUUUCUUCUUGGUAGUUCACUCCAAGCGGGUGCUACAUCUCCCGUUUAUCUGUUCGCCGGUCGCGUUGUUGCCGGAUUGGCAAUCGGUUCUCUGACGCACGUCGUCCCGAUGUAUCUUGCUGAGAUAUCUAGUGCCAAAAUUCGUGGAUCUUUAGUUUCUCUGCAACAACUCUCUAUCACAUUUGGGAUUCUUGUUAGUUACUGGCUUGCAUAUGGCACAUCACAUAUCGGGGGAACUCGAUGUGCCCCUCAAAUAUCAUACACCGGGGCGCUUUUGAAUGGCAGACCUACGUUCGAUCCUUACACUGAUGUCCCUCCUGGCGGCUGCACUGGUCAAACUCAAGCGUCGUGGAGAAUUCCGCUUGCGUUCCAAAUAUUCCCUGCUUUGUGUCUUGGCAUUGGCAUGCUCUUCAUGCCAUACUCGCCCCGUUGGCUCGUUGAGCAAGGUCGCGAGGAGGAGGCUCUGGAGGAGCUGUCGCGUCUUCGCCGGAAGCCCGCUGACAAUCAUUCGGUUCGCAUUGAAUUCCUGGAGAUCAUGGCUGAAGUUCGUUUUGCAAGAGAGGUCAUGAAGGCGGCAUAUCCUAAUGCGGGGCCAGUCAGGCAGAUAAUCAAUAAAUACUUGGUAUUGAUUUCUAGCUGGCCAAAGUCCAAGCGUAUCAUUGUUGGUUGCCUUACUAUGAUGUUCCAACAAUUUAUGGGUAUAAACGCUAUCAUUUAUUACGCGCCUACGAUUUUCGGCCAACUGGGCCUUGACCCAAACACUACCUCCCUGUUUGCCACUGGUGUUUAUGGAAUUGUAAACAUGCUCGCUACUUUACCCGCUAUUGUUUUGCUUGAUAGUGUGGGCAGGCGGCCUUUGUUGAUUUCUGGUGCCGCUGGAUGUUUUACUUGCCUGGCAAUUGUGGGUUCUCUUGUUACCGUUUACGGCAAGGACUGGCCAGCACAUGCAGUAGCGGCUCGCACCGCCAUUGUCUUCGUGUUUAUCUACGAUGUCAAUUUCUCUUACUCGUGGGCCCCGAUUGGAUGGGUAAUUCCCAGCGAGAUCUUCCCGUUGCACCUCCGGUCCACUGGCAUCUCCAUUACUACAUCCACCACGUGGUUAUCGAACUUUGUCGUUGGGCUCGUUACGCCAAUAAUGUUGGAUGUGGGGGGGAUGGCGUACUUUAUCUUUGCCGGAUUUUCUCUUGCCGCGUUACUCUCAGUUCUAUUCUUCUUCCCAGAGACCAAGGGUCGGACCUUGGAAGAAACGGAUGCUGAGUUUGGUGAUAAUGCUACUAAUAGGGAGCGAGAACACAUGGAGCGUAUUUGUCGGGAGCUUGGACUGCCCGUCCGGGCGCUUUUGAAUGCAUAGUAAUAAAAUUUUGGGCUGGCCUAGGUCAUGUUUCCAUUGAGUCGAUUCAUCUAACAUGUGCUCCUUUUCCCCCUUUCUACCCUCAACAUCAUGGCCUCAUCAUCUUGAAGUAUUUGUAUUUUACAGUAGAAUGUCGGGGACUAGCGCGGCCGAGCGCCAUUACAUUCAGUAAUAUA